CUCAUUCCCACCUCCUCUACCUCCCUCCUCUGGACUCAAAUGCUAGUAACACCGGUAGGUUAGCUAUUGUCGGUCUGUCAGCCAAAGAUACAGACAGUAAAGGCUUUGAUUUCACAGCACAGCUACACCGGGAGAGAUAACGGAAACGGCUCUAUGUGAUAUCCCCUACAUUGAUCUAACAGCAACUGCAAGCAAGACGAGUGAACAAAGCACAAUCAGACCACUGUAACAAACAACAGAAGACAAGAACGACCACCGCGUAACAGGCUGACAGACAGAUUGACACUUUGACCAGCCAGGGCUUCAGAUAAAUGGCUGACAAGCAGAUCAGUUUGCCUGCCAAAUUGAUCAAUGGGGGGAUCGCUGGCCUAAUUGGAGUGACCUGUGUGUUUCCCAUUGACCUGGCCAAGACUCGCUUGCAAAACCAGCAAAAUGGAUCUCGCCUUUACACCAGCAUGUCAGAUUGCCUUAUUAAGACCAUCCGGUCAGAGGGGUAUUUUGGGAUGUACCGAGGAGCGGCGGUGAACUUAACACUAGUCACACCAGAGAAAGCCAUCAAAUUGGCUGCCAACGACUUCUUCAGGCAUCACCUCUCCAAGGAUGGAAAACUUACUCUGUUCAAAGAGAUGCUGGCUGGGUGCGGGGCAGGUACAUGCCAGGUUAUUGUCACAACUCCUAUGGAGAUGCUGAAAAUCCAGCUCCAAGAUGCUGGACGACUUGCGGCUCAGAGGAAGCUGAUGCCAGAGACGGUGGCAGCAGGUACUGUGGAGACCAAGUCCCCAACAGCCAUGCAGCUCACCAGAGAAUUAUUUAGGGAAAAGGGCAUUGCUGGGCUGUACAAGGGCCUUGGUGCCACAUUGCUCAGGGAUGUCCCAUUCUCCAUCAUCUAUUUCCCCCUAUUUGCCAACCUGAACAACCUGGGCAAAAGAGACAUAGAUGGGCCUGCUCCGUUCUACGUGUCGUUCAUAUCAGGCUGCGUCGCCGGGAGCACAGCGGCUGUCGCUGUCAACCCCGUCGAUGUGAUAAAGACUAGACUGCAGUCGCUGAACCGGGGAAGCACAGAAGACACGUACAGCGGAGUGACUGACUGCAUCAGGAAAAUCAUGCGUAAUGAGGGUCCAUCCGCCUUCCUGAAGGGAGCCUACUGUCGAGCCCUGGUCAUUGCACCUCUGUUCGGCAUCGCCCAGGUGGUCUACUUCCUGGGCGUUGGUGAAUUUAUCCUCAGCUUCUUGCCUAAAAGAGACAACUAAGAAGCACCUCCUUUCUGCCUUUCCCUCCCAUUACGCAUCACACCAACUGCGUGGGGAUUCAUCUCAUUCUGAUGGGUCACAGCAUGACCGAUCAGUACAUGUUGUUUUAAAUUUCUUGUGUUGAAUGUUGAAGUAGUUUAGGAGGGAGCCUUUUUCCUUUGCCAAGCUGCCUGUGGUGGCACACACAAAUCCAGUAGGCACGCUGAGCUAGCUCUCUGGAAAUGAAGCCACAAAUAUCAGUUGAAGUUUUAAAUGAACGUUGCUUUUUAAUUACAGCAUUUUAUUGCAUUGUUUUAAAUAAGAUUGUCAAAUCCUCAGAGUAGAUGUACUGCCCUUGGUUGCUGCAGUUCUGCACGCCCUACACUACCUAGCAUUAGUCUCUGAGUGACAGAUCUAUUGAAAAUGAGACACCAUAACUAGCUAAAUUAAAUGCACCUACUUUACUUAUAAAGAUAUGAGACCAUUAGAUGAAUAGAGCAUUUACUAAAAAAUGCUAAUCAAAGAAUUCCCUCAGACCUUAUGUCUUAAAAGAUAGUAUAUUUAGAAUCAGAGAAACAAUAUGCCUCUGUUUCAGACAAAGACACAGGGAAUGUGUUGAUGUGUUAGCAGCACACCCCCUAUGAUCUUUCCUGAGAAGCCACAUCCCUUCCUGUAAGUGGUUGUAAUGAACUCAGCCAUUCAGCUCCGAGCAGACUUUGAUUGCCUUGGCUUUAAGUAGAUCAGGUUCCAGCUGAUAUUCAGUGUUACCACAAUGUUUUGCCUCCAUGAAAAAGAUAUCUCAUGAGACGGCGUACCACAUUUGGGCAUUAUGCACUACCAAACUACACCAACACGUUCUUUUAAACUGCCUCUGUGCUUCUUUCUGUGGGUAGAAACUAUCAAGCAUGUUGUACUUGUGGUCACGCCCCCAAUCAGUGAUGUCACAGCAGGGGUUUUGCCUCGGAGGAAUGAUGGAAAACACCUGCUGUGACAUCACUGAUUGGAUUGUGGCCAAAAGUGCUGCACGCUUUAAAACAUUUCAGUCCACAGAGAGCAGAGUGGCGGCGCUUUCCUGCCCCGUGUGAUUCAUUGUGGGCUCAGAUGAAAGCUGCGAACAUCAAAUGGGUUGAAAGUAAUUUUAAUAGAAGGGCAGAUUAUCAGUAGAUAUUUAGUAAUUACGCAGACAAAUGGUCAGACAUCACAUGCCGAGGCCUCCUGAGUGCACUCAUCUGUUGUGGAGCCAGUGAGACCUCGGCUAGAGUAGCUCAACCCCAGUAGAUCCAGACAUAAUUAUUAUUGUUUACAGAUGAGUUCGCACUCAGUUUUAAAUUCUUUGUCCGAACUUGAAUUCAGUGGCAGGACCCAAAGAGCUAUUGAUAAACAUUUCUUUAUCAGAAACCAAUUUGUUUUCAGUGUUCUAUGAUUUUUACCAAACUCAUCUCAUUUGCUUUAGAGGUUUGGUUUGCUUUAAGCUGCUCGGGAAAAGCAGCCCCGCCGUAUCUCGUUUAUGCAUCACACAACACUGAAGCCCUGCCAUUGGUUUAUCUCGCCGGAGAUCAAGGUGACUUUGACGUGUAUUAUCCAAUCACAUUCCUCCCUCGCUCCCACCGUUCAAGCAGCUCGUCAGUUGUGCUGUUGCACUGUAGAUACGCGAUGCAACUUUUCAGUGUGUGUUAUCAUUUGUGGGAGUGAGGUCUAUUUAUCAAUAUUCCUUUCUAUCGGCAGUAUAGCACUAUAUAUUUGUAUGUGUUGUUUUUUCUGUGUCAAAGUGUCCACCUUAACUAUAUUGUACAGAAGCAGAUGAUAUGAACUUUAUGUUUUAGGAUUUAUUGUUUGUUUUGUACAUGAUGGCUUAUUUGCACACCUACCUCUCCAGCCCCCCCCCCCCCCCCCCCCCCCCCCCCCCCCCCCCCCNA